UUCCAAAGAAGCGCUAGGGCGGUUGCGCUCCGGAGGCGCCUGUCGUUGCUAAGCAACCAUCAGCUGUGCUCUCCGUUACAUGAAGGAAAUUUCAGCAAUGGAUUUCCACCACCGAAAAACCCUUGCUGUAACUCUGUUACAAGAUUUAUUUACUCAGAAAAGUAAAAAACGCCGCAGUGUUUGGGUGCACCCCAUACUACAAAAACGCAAGAACCAUGGGGAAUUUCACCAGCUGAUUCAGGAACUCCGCCUGGACAAUGGGAGGUUCAAAGCCUAUUUCAGAGUGGACAAGGACCAGUUUGAUUAUAUUUUAAGAAAAGUUGGCCCAAGCAUUGGUAAACAGAGCUUCUGCCGUGAAACCAUCUCUCCUGCCCAACGGCUCUGCAUUUGUCUGAGAUAUCUUGCAACUGGGGAUUCAUUUAAGACCAUCGCCUUCAGUUAUCGCGUGGGCCAUUCUACAGUUGCAGGCAUCGUAAAAGAUGUGUGUGAAGCCAUAUGGGACAACCUUGUGGAAGAAUACAUGCCACCACCUAACAGGGAACGCUGGCGAGAAAUCGCAGCUGAUUUCCAGCAGAUGUGGAAUUUCCCUAACUGUGUUGGGGCAGUAGAUGGCAAGCACAUAGUGAUUCAGGCCCCUGCCUCCAGCGGUUCCCUUUAUUUUAACUACAAAGGCUCCUUCUCAAUUAUUCUCCUUGCUGUUGUUGAUGCUCGGUAUCGCUUCCAGGUGGUGGAUGUUGGAGCUUAUGGCCGAAGUAGUGAUGGUGGUACGUUGGCUGUUUCAGCAUUUGGAAGAGCUCUCUGUCAGGGCAGCCUUGGCAUACCAGAGGACAAACCUCUCCCUGGUGCAGAGCAUCUGGGGCCUAUGCCACAUGUGUUCGUUGCGGAUGAAGCCUUUCCCCUCAGACGCCACAUGAUGCGUCCACAUCCUGGCCAGAACAUUGGGAGAGAGAAAAGGCUGUACAACUACAGGCUUUCACGGGCCAGGCGAAUGGUGGAGUGCUCAUUUGGAAUCCUAGCGGCACAAUGGCGGCUGUACAGAAGAGUGCUAGGAGUGACCCCAGAAAUGGCAGAGAAAGCUGUUAAGGCUACCUGCAUCCUCCACAACCUUCUGAGGGUAGAUCAGGCAGAGGAUCAUCCACAAGCACCGUCAUCAGAACCUGACUCCACUGCAAGGGCAAUGGGAGAUCUCCACAGAAUGAGCAGCAACAACUCAUCUCGCGAAGCUAUAACCAUCAGAGAGAAAUUUACCCAGUAUUUCUCAUCUACCGAGGGUGCAGUCCCAUGGCAGGAGAACAUUAUUUGAUGUUACAUUAUAACAAAGAAUAAGUGAAUAACCAAAGA